CGAUAACGUUGAUACGAUCAAUCGAAAACGGCAAUCCUAGGUACUGUCUGAGCCGGCCUCCCCAUCCCAGCCCCGUCAAUCUUCGAGGACUCCGCGGUUCCCUAUACGCUGCAUGCUGGGCCUGCCUGUCGACGGGAGUCUCACUUGACCUGGUUUGUCUCACCUGUCUCUAAACACAGGAUCUCCAAACGACUGAGAGCCCUCGCUCUGGCAGGGUUCGCCCCAUCUAUCGUGACUUGGGCGUAGAAGGGUCGCGACGACGGAUCCUCGUCUGCAUCGCGCACCAAGUAUCUUUGCUGGCGGUUUCUUUCCUCCCCGCGCUAUGACAGACUAUCUCUCGCUGGACAUCUAUGCAAGCCAUGUAGUCCCCGGAUCCAAUGAGCCUUUGUCCAUCAUAUCCCCUGUACGGAUCGGCUUUCUGAGAAUCGUUCACCACCAUUCGCACCUUCAUAUCACGAUCUUAUCUCAGCAUCUGAUAAUUGAAUAGUCCGAUGGUAUCCUCUUGUCAGACGGGGCACAAGGAAACUCGAGAAUCGACAUGAGUACCGCUUUGCGCAACUUCGCUCUCGCCCUACACAUGAGCCACCUCGCCUCAUAUCAAUGUACAUGGCAGAUGCGACAGCCAUCAAGAGGGUGCUAGCUAUCAUGGGGCUGAGCUACAGAAAAACAGUAUCGCUCAAUGACGUAGCGCCAUCGCCUCACACCCUUCGCCUUUACAUAUGGCAGAUAUACAUCAGCGCCUGGCACAGCCUGGAAGUUGGGACGGUGGUACACCGAGCUACGUUCUCGUCGACGAGGUCUUUCAUCCACCCCUGCGUAAUCGUCGUCGACUCGGCAUGCAUCGCCCUCCACUCCGCCCCCUACCCAUGCUCGCCGAGGCCUGCCCUACGUGCGUACGCUCUCUGACGACAAAGUACCCUGGUUGAGGGGGUCCUUUCAUCUAUUGGAAGCGUCAGGUACCGCUGCUGGUGCACGCGCGCGUGACGUGAGACUUCCGCCAUUUCUUGGUUUCUUGCUUGUGGCACUCUCGACAGCUUCUGCUAUGCAUCUCGCAUCGACAUGGGACUUGUACCAGCAUACGGCCACAGUCAUUCCGCACCUGAUGGUACCAAAAUCGACAUGCAUCGAUCAGUAGGUGCAUGAGCAUGGCCGCAAACCGACAUCCCUCUGUUCGGCGUGUGAGUUUUUGCGUGCUAGUUGAGGCGAUGCUCAGGACGGCGAGCGAUGCCCGCCCCAUAUCUCCUGGGAAUUCCCAUCCCCCAUUUCUCUUUCUCUUUUACACAACCCACCCUCAUCUAUAGUGAGAACACCCCAGAACCCACAACCACAGACAUCACUCAACCCCCACUCAACUCCCACCCCACCCCAAAACAAAUCCACACCUCAGGAUGUCUGACAACAGCGGUUCCCUCCCUGGCUUCCCCGGCCCUUCUCCCAUUACCUACACCACUACUACCAGUGAUGCCAACAACGCCCUCGGUCUCCAGCUGUUUGACAAUAGCAGUCUCCUCACCACCUCCUUCAUCCCUUCUCCCAUCAUCUACAAUACCACCAACAACACCCCCAGCGACGACAACGCCCUCGGUCUCAGGGUCUCUACUGUCACCUCAUCUCUCAGUAGCAGUGGCGACAAGGCCAAGGCUAAGGCCAGGUCUUCCGCGCAUGCCACCAACACCGACGACAUCAAGGCGAGCAGCGAGGAGAAGAAGAAGCAUGCCGAGGGCUUCAAGCGAAAGAGCUUGUCUUGCGAGUACUGCAAAAAGCGUCAGAGGAAGUGCGAUGGAGGCGAUUUCAACGCCUGCACCCUCUGUACCUACAAUGGCAUCGAGUGCAAGUACGUCCUCGCCAAGGGAAAGCGAGGAUCCCUGAAGGCUCUGAAGAAGCUCGCCGCUAUGGGUCGUGCUCCCUCCGCCGACGGCAUCAUCAUCGGUACUCCCUCGACUUCAUCUCUUGCCUCGUCUUCCGGCACGUCCUCCGUGAGCCCUGUCACCCCGAUCACCCCGGCCAGGUCCACCGUCGAGCUCAGCUCCGGUCCCUCUCCUGCCAGCGUCUCCGGCGGCCUCACUUCUGGCUUCGCCACUCCCCGCAUCUUCAUGCCCUUCGUCCCGCCCACCCAGGCCGCGGCUCCCACCACCCAGCUUCCUGUUUCUGUUGGCGGCAUCGGCAUGCUGAAGGACCACCACGUUGUCGAGAUGCAGCAGGCGUCAUUCGACAACGAGUUCGAUUCAUGCUGCUCUGUCCUUGCUGCUGCUCCUGCCAGCGAGUCAACAGCUCCUUACCACCCUCCUACUCCGCGUACCACCCCAGUCAAGCCUACCUACAUACCACCUGUCGACGUCUCCCCCGUCCAGGCUCCACACUUCUCACUCAACAACACCUUGGUGCCCUCUGCCCUGCCCCCGGUGGUCGCCUCUCAGCCCCAGCUUCCUACUGUCACGGGCCAAUGUCUUUCUGAGAGUGAGAGGCUUGCGUUUGACGAGCUGGUCAUGGAAUUGGAUCUGGGUGAUGAUAUCUUCUUCGCUCCCGUCGAAGUUCCCUGCAGCGUCGCUACCAUUGCCCCUCUCCCCACUCCAGACACUACCCCGGUGAUGCCUACCGUUGAGAUGUCUGCCGUCAGCGACCCUGCCGACCUCACCCCUAUCAACUUCGCCUACUCCGGCUUCUUGGCCCCCGACAACGCACCUUGGUUUGGCGCACCUCAAACCCAGGUCGGAAACGAGGCUGUUGUGGGGAACGAGAGCGUUGGCUGGGGCAUGUGUGGUACGGAGGAGAUGGAGAUGAGCGAUGCGGGUUCUUGGGGAGCUAUCGAGUCUCCAUUCAACACCACGCCCUUCGGUGACUCUUUCACCCCGGUGGCGGAUGAGGUUGCAGACAGCGGUACGCGGGGAUUGUGGAACUGAGAGUAGGAUUUCUGAAGGAACAAUCGGUCGAGCAGCGUAUACACUGCUUCUUCCACGAACAUCCAUUUAGAGAUAAAGGACAUUGGUUUGCGUCAUUAUUAUAAUCAAGAUAAGAGUAGUCUAGCCAUUUGAGAUAGUGUUUGUGAUGUAGCAUAGCAUAGCGUAGUAGUAAGGACUAUGGUUCGCGUCGUGGGCUUCGAUUUUGAUCUCUUCCAGUUGUUCGUCAUCAUUAAUACAAUUGUGGAUAUGAAUCCCGUAACUCG